GUAAAAAGCAAAUCGAUUGUGAUGUUAUUGUUCAUUGGACAACCAGGGACACAGUUUUCCAUUUAGGAUAUCCAUUUAGUAUAAUUGCGGUACAAGAAAUCAUUUCGUACAAGUACGGUUUGUGCCAUGUUGGAUAGAAAGCACAAUGCUGUGACCAGAGGAAUAAGGUAAACAAAUGCGCAUUUACGAUGCGUAUUUGAUGGUUGUAAGCGAGAUCAGAAGAGACAAUCGUAAAACAUUCGUUUCGACCUGUACCAAUCUUUGCCGAAUCAGCAAAGAACGCUCUAUGUUUGAUGGACGCAUCUUGCCCAGUCACACCUGCUCGGACCUGUUUUCAUAGUGCAAUAUCAACGCAACAUCGUCGUGGGAUUGUUCGAACAGAAUGAAUGCACCGUAUCCGCCACCAAACACCUGCUACACGGACAUUAAGCAGGGCAUUCUAUCGUACACCUUGCCCAUACGUACCGAGAUUAGCGAUAUUCCUGGGCCACCCAUAAGCCUACUGCCCGUGGCGGAAAAAUCCCCGCCGAGCCAGAACAGGAAGAAGCGCCGGGCGUACGUAAACGAAAGCGAGGAAGCUCGCGCCAGAAGGCUGGCUAGAAACGCAGAAAGGAUGCGCCAGAAGCGUGCCACCGAGACGGAGGAAGAGUAUCGCCGCAGGUUGGCGAAAAAUGCCGAAAGCAACCGACGGAAGCGUCAAAAUGAGACUGACCUGGAACGUACCAUACGGCACGCACGCAGUGCUGCCCGAGAGCGUCUACGACGGGCGAUGGAAACACCGGAGCAGCGCGCGGUGCGAUUGGCAAAGCUGGCCGAGAGGAUGCGUGUCUCGCGGGCAAACGAAACACCGGAUCAGCGAGCAAUGCGGUUGGCAAAAAACGCGGCGAAAGCAAAGGAACGUUUGUUGAAGGAAUCACCAGAGCAGUGGAUAGAACGGAAGCGGAAGAAGGCUGAAUACGCACGGCGAAAGCGAAGCGGAGGCCCGUUGAGCAGCUCCGCCGGAAGUAGUAGUAGUAAUGAUGCCGCUGUGCACAGUGCACUUACAUCACCUGAACUUUCAUUCAGCCAGGUGUCGAGUAGUCACAGUUAUGUGCCGGAUCUUGGCCAUUCGUCUUUGUCGGUAGCAGGUACGGCAACGCCACCGGAUGUUAAAGAUAUCAAGCUAAUAGCAUCUCCCAAAGGCCAGCAGGAUCCCCAGGCACAGCUUCCCGAACAAAUCUACAGCACUCCGCAACUCUCUUUCAUGACGACGGAGUUAAAACCACCGGAAUACUUACACAGCGUCCAGCAUCCGGUGACUACAUUGCAAUCAGAUCUUUCAUGCCCUAGCAAUUUGUACAAGUUUCACAUUUUACCCUAUUCUAUUCCGCCUGGUGCAGUUUCGGUUCCAUCGAGCACUAGCGGUCUGCAACACCCCGGCCACACCGACUAUAAAAGUAAAUGUGUUUCUACCACCCAAUACCGAACUUACUCCUCUGACGAUUGCGAACAUCGGUAUGUUAGAGGAGUAACGCAUCGAAAUAUGAAUGGAUUUUUCCAAAUAAAUACAUACUACAAUGAGUUUAAGCAAGAACCUGGUGCUGCAUAUGCACCAGCACCGAUCCAACAGCCGAGCCAGCAGCAGCAGCAGCAGCAGCAGCAACAACAACAGCAGCAGCAACAACAGGAACGUCUCGUCGGGCGUGUGGUCAUCGAGCAGCCGCCUGUGAGCCAGCAGGGCAAACCAGAAACAUCAGCUAAAAAUCAACAGCGGUUUUUGCACGAAAGUGAAGAGGCCCGAGCGAAACGAUUGGCCCGCAACGCUGAACGGAUGCGCCAGAAGCGUGCCGCCGAAACCGAAGAGCAAAGCCGCAAGCGCAUGGCCGAGAACGCGGAGCGUAUGCGAAGAAAAAGAGCCUCCGAAUCAGAAGAAGAGUAUCGAACCAGGAUGGAGCGAAAUGCGGCGUUCAAAAUGACCGAGGAGUAUAGGCGCCGGUUGGCAGAAAACGCAGAACGCAAUCGGAGGCGCCGACAGAACGAAAGUGAGCUAGAGAAAAGCAUAAGGCGGGCCCGAAGCGCCGCCCGGGAACGACUGCGAAGGGCAAUGGAAACGCCGGAACAGCGUGCACUACGGCUGGCAAAGCUCGCCGAAAGGAUGCGCAUGACCCGUGAACGGCUUUGGAGGGAGAUCGAAACACCAGAACAGCGGGCAGAACGUUUGGCGAAGCUUGCGGAACGGAUGCGCAUAGCACGAGCGAACGAAACACCGGAACAGCGUGCGAUUCGGUUGGCCAAGAAUGCCGCACGUGCCCGGCAACGUUUUCUCAACGAAUCUCCAGAGCAGUGGAUAGAAAGGAAGCGUAAAAAGGCAGAGUAUGCCCGGCAGAAACGAGCCGCAGCAGCUGCUCUCGGAGCCAAUGGGGCACCAUCCGCAACCAGCACAACGUCCCAGAAUCCGGGCAUCAUGCAACAGCACCAGCAACCAUCGAUGGACUCAUGCACUUUCCCAGGCCAGGCCCCAGCAACGUUGCCAGAAACGAUACUGCACACAACGAUCCCGCUUGCCACGGGAAGCACUUCGAAUUCAGCUCCUGCAUCGACUUAUGUAAUGAACGUAAAGGAUGGUAGUAAGCUUGCGAUUUCGACAAAAACUGAACAAACUGCAUCAUUGCAGCUACACUCGGAACAAGUGUACCCCCCGCCACAGGUAUUAUUUAGUGGCGUUGAAUUUAAACCUCACGAGCUGCUGAACGGACAACAUUUAGCCAUGCAAACGGACCCAAAUUGUCCCAGUAAUCUGUACAAGCUGCACCUUUUACCGUAUCCAUUCGGUUCGUCUGCUUCUGGAGACCAGUCCACAAAUUACAAAAAUAAGUAGAAACAAAAAAAUGUCCCUGGCUAUCGAGAACAUUUUAUCGGUGCAAUCUGAUCUUAAAAGUAGGGCAUUAUGAAAGCUAUUCCUUCGUAGUUGAAAGCAGGCGCAGAAGGCAAUCCAGCAUGGUUCCACAUUCUUUUCAUUCAAGAUAUUGUGUAAAUUGUAAUUUACUGUGUGGAGUGAAUUUUUCAUUGCGUAAUUUUGUGCAUUAUUGUUGCGUUGCUUCUACUCCCAGAUUAGUAGGUUCGAAUUUUCUCUUACUGCAUUGGCUAAUUACAUUUUGUAAUGUAUUUUACGUAUGAAAUAAUUUAAAUUCAGUGUUUUUCUUUCGUUUCCGUCCUAAGAUCAUUGGAAGAUUGUUUCAUCUUGGUUUUAUUCUAAAUUACUUUAAAAUGAUGACCGUACGUAGACAUUUACAUCAAGGAUGCUGAUAAUUUGAAUCAAAUACCAGCUAUUGGUAAAUCAAUUUUCCAUCGGGUCAUACAAAAGUGGAAGUCGUUAAGAUUUUCUUAAUCAUAAAAAUAAUGCGAGAUUUAUCAAUAUUCUUUCAUCGAUAAGUUCUAAGGGCUAAGAUUCGUAAUAAAAAAAUUAGAAUUCGUCACAUUUAUAAGUAGA